UCCAUGUGUUGCGGCUGACCAACUUGUCAAGCCAAAUACAACCAGUCUGUACUUUAAGAGACUCACGCAAAGGAAAUCUGAGGACUACAAGACUAAACAUUGCAGUAACUGUUCCCUUGACCAGGGAGGGGGUAAAGAGCAGGAUGGGCUGUAUAAGGUCCACGCUGAGCGAAGGUCUGAACAGAGGUGUGGCACAGAAGAACAGCGAGCAGACUGCACAUACCAGCAGAAUGCACUAUGUCAGAGACCCCACCUCCAAAACACAAAACAAGGUGACUAACUCCCUGCUACCUGGUCAGGUGUUCCAAAAGAUGGAAGAGCAAAGCACGGUUGGCAAAAUAGUGGUCAGCCUUUACUCUUACAAAGCCGUGCACCCAGAUGACUUAGCGUUCAAGAAAGGAGAAAAGAUGAAAGUCUUAGAUGAAUGUGGUGAGUGGUGGAAAGCAAAGUCACUGACGACCAGCAAAGAGGGAUUCAUCCCUUCCAAUUACGUUGCCGAAGCUGACACCCUCGAAACAGAAGGGUGGUUUUUCAAGGAUAUCACAAGAAAGGAUGCAGAGAGGCAGCUGCUGUCUCCAGCAAACAAACCCGGCUCUUAUCUUAUCAGGGAGAGCGAAACAUCAAAAGGGAGUUAUUCAUUGUCCAUCAGAGACGUGGACGCUCAGAAGACAGAAUCAGUCAAACACUAUAAGAUAAGAAUGCUGGAUAAUGGCGGCUACUACAUCUCACCGAAAAUCUCAUUCUCUGACAUUGCCAGCAUGAUCAAACACUACCACAACAAAGCGGAUGGCCUGUGUCGUAAACUGGACCGCCCAUGUGUAAAGCCCAAAGCCCAGAAACCGUGGGAUAAAGACGCCUGGGAGAUUUCCAAAGAGUCCAUUAAGAUGUUGAAGAAACUGGGAGCAGGGCAGUUUGGAGAAGUCUGGAUGGCUAACUACAACAAUACAACCAAAGUAGCGGUGAAGACUCUGAAGACAGGCACGAUGACGGCUGAAGCCUUCAUGGACGAAGCCAACGUCAUGAAGACGCUGCAGCACGACAGGCUGGUGCGGCUCUACGCUGUUGUCACCAAGACACCGCCCAUCUACAUCAUCACCGAAUAUAUGGAAAAUGGCAGCCUACUAGACUUCUUAAAGAGCGAUGAAGGGUCCCAACUGCAACUACCCAAACUCAUCGAUUUCUCAGCGCAGAUAGCAGAGGGCAUGGCAUACAUAGAGAAGAAGAAUUACAUCCACAGGGACCUGAGGGCAGCGAAUGUUUUGGUCUCAGAGAGUCUGCUCUGUAAAAUAGCUGACUUUGGACUGGCACGAGUCAUAGAGGAUGACGAGUACACUGCCCGAGAGGGAGCUAAGUUCCCCAUUAAGUGGACCGCACCAGAGGCCUUCAACUACGGCUCUUUCACCAUCAAGUCGGACAUGUGGUCCUUUGGAGUUUUGCUCUACGAGAUCAUCACCUUCGGAAAAAUUCCUUACCCAGGCAUGACUAAAGUGGAGGUGAUGUCCUCAGUGCAGCGUGGCUACAGGAUGGCGCAGCCUGACAACUGCCCUGCUGAGCUCUACGAAGUCAUGCUGAGCUGCUGGAAAAAAAAGCCUGAGGACAGACCCACCUUCGAUUACAUGCAGAACCUCCUGGGUGACUUCUACACUGCCACAGAGGGACAGUACCAACAACAACCAUAGAGAGAGACAGACACUUUCACAAAGACUUUGACAAAUAACUUCUCCUCAUUAUGUUUGGAGCUACUUCAUAUAUGUGUUUUUAUUGGUAGAUCAUUUUUGUAUCUAUAAAUGACAUAUUCUAUAUACAUCCAUAUGCUGCCUGCUUUCCUUUUGAUGUUUUCUGUUGAGGGCAUCCAGUAUAUAUAUGAACUGUGCCCACUUACCUUCUCUGUGUAGAAAUACUAUAUUUAAAAUACUGUUCACUAAUACCCCGAAGAAUAAUCUGAGAUACAUUGAAGAGUAAUAUUGAACAAAAUUGAUUAUAAAAAGAGAUAUGCUUUAUGUACAAUAUUCUCUUCUGCCCAUGCAUUUAAAUAUUUGGGAUGGACAGGCUGUUAGAUCUAAAUAUAUUUUCUAAUAUAUGCCUUGUACAGAGGAUCUGAAAAAAACAGCCAACAUCAUGCAAAGAGUUUGCAAAUAUACAUGAGCUGGAAGCUGCUCAAACACUGGGACACUCAUCUCGUGUAGGUGUUAUGUAGUAAUGAUAAUACUGUUUUAGUUCUGCUGUUUGCUGUUUCACUUCAUAUUGAAGUGCUGAAGCCUUUGCUUGUUUUGUUUGUUACAGGAGAAAAAUGUGAAAUCGGUUUGUCUUGAUCAUUUCAUUUAUAUCAUUUCAAAUAUGGUCUUCUUAUUGGAGUAAGUGGGUUUGACACUGGAAGCUUCUCGGUGCUCUCUUGAAGUUCUUGUAUAAAAGAAAAAGUAACUUCAGUUUAAAUGUAGCACAUACGCAUAUGGGUCGCCUGAUACAGUGUCAGCGGAAUGAAUGAGCUGUUUGUUACAUGAAGAUAACUUGAGCUGUAUACUUGUAGCUAUGUGAAUGAGAAUGUGUAUGGACUAAAGAAAUAUGCUGUCAUUUACUC